CGAUAACAACACCCGAAUGUAGCUGUAUUUUUUAGUGGUUACAUGUGCCAAUAAAUACAUGUCGGUGGUUGUUGCUUGUAGUUUGUAAGUUUAGACACUUUAGACCGCUUGAUCACUUUAAAAUCAACCAGAAAACUAGACAAGUCUGACCUAGUGCCAGUGCUAUACGGGAUGUCAACUGAUCUAUUUAUAGUUCAUAUUGAAUAUUUGAUUUUAAGCCAGUGUCAUAAUCGGACACAUCACAUUUUGAAUUCCAAUGAAAUUCAAGGCAAACGAGUAAGGUAUUUUGUUUAAAAUCUCAAAUGCGUCAUAUUUGAGCCAUUAUAUAUCAUCUGUCUUGCUGGUAUCUGCUGUAGUUGGUUCAACUUUGAGGAAUAUUUAGUCAGUGUAUUUAAAGAGGGAUUUUAGUACUUUAAAUUCGGUUCGCUACCUCGCUGUUAUAUUUAGACGUAUAAUGAACAGUCAGGGCUCGUCGGUGGAGAAGGGGGUGAACGGCGUCCUGGUUUGUCAGGAGAGUUACGCCUGCGGUGGCUCCGACGAGGCCGCCUUCGAGUGCGACGAAUGCGGCAGCCUGCAGUGCGUCCGCUGCGAGCUGGAGCUCCACCGUCAGGAGCGCAUGAGGAACCACGACAGGAUCCGGAUCUCACCUGGACACGUACCUUACUGCGAUUCAUGUAAAGGGGACGGGGGUGUUGCGAACGGGGGUCGGCUGAGAGCAGUGGUCCGCUGUCAGGGAUGUAAAAUCAAUCUGUGUUUGGACUGUCAAAAACGGACUCACAGUGGGGUCAGUAAAAGAAAGCACCCGCUUACUGCCUACCUUCCCUCGAAACCCGCGGAGAAGAACUGCAGCACUGGAGAUGAACAGCUGGAUGCGUUGAAAGCUAAACUGGAGCAAGUCACCAGCUUUCUUCUAGUGGAUGAAAAGGAAGAUAUGCAGGUCAAGGAUGAGGAGGAGUUUGUGAGGAAAUUAGGCUGUAGGCCUGAGGAGCUCUUGAAGGUGGUGUCCAUUUUCGGCAACACUGGAGAAGGCAAAUCUCACACCCUCAAUCACACUUUUUUUUUGGGUCGUGAAGUUUUCAAGACAUCUCCAACCCAGGAAUCCUGCACCGUCGGUGUGUGGGGAGCACUGGACCCUCUUCAUAAGGUGGUGGUUGUUGACACAGAGGGAUUUCUGGGGGCAGGAACUAACCAAGGACAGCGAACCCGCCUGCUCCUGAAGGUGCUCGCAGUCUCCGAUCUGGUCAUUUAUCGGACACAUGCUGACAGGCUACAUGAUGAUCUUUUCAAGUUUCUUGGAGAUGCAUCAGAUGCGUAUCUAAAGCAUUUCACGAAGGAGCUGAACAAACUUCUGCCAGUUUAA